CCACCCUUCCCUCGGCGGCUCCUUCGCCGGUCCCUCGGCGGUCCUUUCCCAGUCCCGCGAACUUUCGCCCGGGGCGUCUGGAGGGGCGCGUCGAGCGGGUCAGGGGGACACCCUCCUGGGCGCUUCUAGGGGGAGGGGGCGGGGCCCCGCGCUUCUUUCAGAGGACCGAGGCCCCUCCUUGUCUUUAUGUAAAUAGCUGGGCGUGCCCCACCUCCUCCCCGGCUCGGGGCGGUGGAGGUGACCAGGAAGGAGACGGCUCCUUAGCAGCCCGUGGGCCAGGAGAAGGGCAGCUUGCCGAGCCGGCUGCGGCUCCCGGAGACGCCGAGGCCUUGGGGCAGCGGCCGGUCCAGAGGUGCGGGUCAUUGGUGGGGCAGCUAGGAGCCGAAGAGGAUGAAAAGAUUCUUGAGAUCUGGACAUGAUCAGGCCCGGGAGCGACUGAAACAGGAUCUCUUUAAGUUUAACAAGACUGUGGAACAUGGCUUCCCCCACCAGCCCAGUGCUCUGGGCUACAGCCCCUCCCUCCGAAUCAUGGCUAUUGGGACCAGAUCUGGAGCCAUCAAGCUCUACGGUGCCCCUGGUGUGGAGUUCAUGGGUCUUCACCGGGAAAACAAUGCUGUAGUACAAAUCCACUUCCUCCCUGGCCAGUGCCAACUGAUCACCUUGCUGGAUGACAACAGCCUGCACCUGUGGACCCUGAAUCAGAGAGAUGGGGUCUCUGAGCUGCAUGAAGAGAAGUUCUCCACACUUCGGGGGCCUCCGGGGGCUGCCCCCAGCGCCACCCAAAUAACAGUGAUUCUGCCUCAUUCCUCCCAAGAGCUGCUAUAUCUGGGUACUGAAAGUGGCAACGUGUUUGUGGAGAAGCUGCCCUCCUUCCAGAUUCUCGAGGACCGGACCAUCAGUACUGAGGCUGUUUUGCAGUGGUUACCCAAGGAUGCACAGCAUUGUCGGGCAUUCGAGAUGGUGGAGGCGCUGCAAGAACACCCCCAGGACCCUACCCAGGUCCUGAUUGGCUAUAGCAGAGGCCUUAUCAUUAUCUGGGACCUUCAGAAUAGCCGGGUGCUCCACCACUUCCUGAGCAGCCAGCAACUGGAGAAUGUCUGCUGGCAGCGAGAUGGGGGUUGCAUUGUCAGUUGCCAUUAUGAUGGGAGCUACUGCCAGUGGAAAGUGUCCAGUGAAGUCCAGCAUCCUGAGCCCUUGCAAAGCAGAGUGCCUUAUGGUCCUUAUCCUUGCAAAGCUAUUUCUAAAAUCUUUUGGCUGAGGACCAGGAAAGGGCUGCCCUACAUCAUCUUCCAGGGCGGGAUGCCCCGAGCCAGCUAUGGAGACCGGCACAGCAUCUCGGUGAUCCACGGGAACCAGGAGACCGCUUUUGACUUUACCUCCCGAAUCAUUGAUUUUACUGUCCUCACAGAGGCUGACGCUGACUUUGACGAACCCUAUGCCAUGGUGGUGUUAGCUGAGGAGGAACUGGUGGUGAUUGACUUGAAGACGGUGGGGUGGCCAGUCCUCCAAGCCCCGUACCUCGCCUCCCUGCACUGCUCUGCCAUUACCUGCUCUCACCAUGUCUCCAGCAUCUCCCUGAAGCUGUGGGAGAGGAUCAUUGCAGCUGGGAACAAACAGAAUUCUCACUACUCUUCCAUGGUGUGGCCCAUCGACGGGGGCACCAGCUUGGCCCCAGACCCCCCUCAGAGGGACCUGCUGCUCACUGGGCACGAGGAUGGCACAGUGAGGUUCUGGGAUGCCUCAGGGGUCUGCCUGCGCCUGCUCUACAAGCUGAGCACGGCGCGCGUCUUCCUCACUGACACCGACCCCAACGACAACCUCAACGCCCUGGGGGAGGAUGAGUGGCCCCCCCUGAGGAAGGUCGGCUCCUUCGAUCCCUACAGUGAUGACCCACGACUGGGCAUUCAGAAGAUCUUCCUUUGCAAAUACAGUGGUUACUUGGCGGUGGCGGGAACUGCUGGGCAGGUGCUGGUGUUGGAGCUGAAUGACGAGGAGGCAGAACAAGUGGUAGACCACGCGGAAGCGAACCUCCUGCAGGACCAAGAAGGCUAUCGCUGGAAGGGCCACGAGAGGCUGCGGGCCCGGCAGGGGCCCAUCUGCUUCGAGCCAGGCUUCCAGCCUUUCAUCCUGGUGCAGUGCCAGCCCCCGGCGGUGGUCACCUCCCUGGCCCUGCAUUCGGAGUGGAAGCUCGUGGCCUUCGGCACCAGCCAUGGCUUUGGGCUCUUUGAUCACCAGCAGAAGAGACAGGUUUUUGUCAAAUGUACGCUGCACCCCAGUGACCAGCUAGCCAUGGAGGGCCCCCUCUCCCGGGUAAAGUCUCUGAAGAAAUCCUUGCGGCAGUCAUUCCGAAGGAUGAGCCGGAGCAGGGCGUCCGGUCGCAAGCGGCGUGUGGCUGGCAACUCGGGAGAAUUGCAGGAGUUGAACGCCCGGGCAGAGCGAGCGGGCUUGCAGAACAUGGAGCUGGCCCCCGUGCAGAGGAAGAUCGAAGCGAGGUCUGCGGAGGACUCCUUCACCGGCUUCGUGCGGACCCUCUACUUUGCGGACACCUACCUGCGUGACAGUUCUUGCCACUGCCCUUCUCUGUGGGUGGGCACCAAUGGGGGCACGGUCUAUGCCUUUUCCUUGCGCGUCCCACCCCCUGAUCGGAGAAUGGAGGACCCUGUCAGAGCUGAGCAGGCCAAGGAGAUCCAGCUGAUGCACCGGGCCCCUGUGAUAGGCAUCCUGGUCCUGGACGGGCGAGGCUUGCCCCUGCCCGAGCCCCUGGAGGCAGCCCACGACCUCUCCAAGAGCCCAGACAUGCAGGGCAGCCACCAGCUCCUUGUGGUGUCUGAGGAGCAGUUCAAGGUGUUCACUCUGCCCAAGGUUAGCGCAAAACUGAAACUGAAGCUCACCGCAUUGGAGGGCUCCCGGGUACGGCGGGUCAGCGUGGCCCACUUUGGCAGCUGCAAGGCGGAGGAGUAUGGAGAACACCAUCUCACCGUCCUCACGAACUUGGGGGACGUCCAGGUGGUCUCCCUGCCCUUCCUCAAGCCCCAGGUACGCUACGGCUGCAUCCGCAAGGAGGACGUCAGCGGGAUCGCUUCCUGUGUUUUCACCAAAUAUGGCCAAGGCUUCUACCUGAUCUCGCCCUCAGAGUUUGAGAGGUUCUCUCUCUCUACAAAAUGGCUGGUUGAGCCUCGGUGUUUAGUGGAUACAGCAGACACCAAGAAUCACUACUCUGCCCAUAAUGGCUCAGGGGUCAAGAGGAUCCUAAACAGAGCCAGGAACUCGGAGAGCCUGGGAGAUGGCGGCGGGAGGAGCCAGGAACCAUUCAUGGAGCGGGCCCUGCUCAGUGAUGAGAGAGUCCUGAAGGAGAUCCAGAGCACUUUGGAAGGUGACAGAGGGAGCUAUGGGGAGUGGUCUUCCCAGCAAGUUGCAGUGGGACGCAGACACAACGGUGGAGUAGAGUGAUGGUUGCAGAGACAGAGGCUACCUUGCAGACAUAAGUGCCACAACACUACUGAAGGUCCUACCAUGGAGAGUGCUGACCCUGGUGGAGGUCUGGAUGGGGCCUGUCCAGGGUUGGACAGGAGCACUCCCCGGCCUGCACCUCUGCUGCUGCUCCAGCCUCUCCAACGCCUCCCCCAUCCCCUUUAGUAGGGGGUAAGGUUGGAAUCCAGAGACCUCCCUAAAUGGACAGGGUGUUCUCUUCUCCCGCUCCUUGUCUGUCUUAGUCCCUUUUGUCAAUAUUUGCACAGUUUUUAUUCUCUUCCCCCUCUCCCCUCCUUUUUGUAGUGGGAUGAGUUUUAAAUUAUAAAUUUUAACUGCCUCUGGGUGAAAAAGUUUUUAAUAAAUACCUUAUUACCUCUUUGCUGGACUGACCCAAUGGUUUAUUUGGUACUUUAUUAAAAAAAAAAAUCCUGUAGGGUCUUACAUUUAAAUGAAUAUGGAUUUUUAGAAAUGUACUGUAAGCUGAGUCCCUGAGGGAACUGGAACCCCCAAAGGGCUGAGGGCAUAGGGUCUUAUCCCCUGAACCCCCCUAAGGGGAGAUUUUGUUCUUAGAGCUGUUUUAAAAUGGAGCAAACCAUGUCUAAACAACACUGUGGCCUGGUCUUUAUGGAAUAAAGGACUAGAAUGUUUAUUAUC